CGUCGGGGGAGGGGCGGGGCUUGCCGGCUCCGGCGCCGCGAGUCCUCCUUUUUGCACACACACGAAUACAAAGAGCCAUACGACCUUCGGAUGCUUGUGGGUCCUUUUGAGUCCCCCACCCCUCUGUUCCUCAGGUUGGAGUGGUGGUGGGGUUCCAUGCUUGGGUGCAGGAAGAAUACCUUCUACCCCUUGACACUGUAUUCAUCAGGAAGGCCUGUGUAGGCACCACCCUUUGGGUCAGCAGUGAUUGGGACCCCCACCGCGCUGUGCUGGGAGAGUACAGGAUCUGCAGAUAGAAGAAGGCAUCUCUCUGCAGGCUGAGGACAGGCAGCCAUGGAAGGUGUACUCCUUCCUGGCUUGCCUACUCCUCCUUCACCCAGCCCGACGCCUGGUACCCAGGCUCCUCUGGUCACCUGCCAUGACACAGGAAAGUGAAUCCAAAGAGGCUGGUGCUUCCCGCCUGCCUCGAGUGGGGCCGACUGGGAACACCUUUCUGAGCAACCCAGCAGUGUGAGCAUACUUGUUCCCGCUGCCAUCAGCCAUGUCCUUCAGUGCCACCAUCCUCUUCUCCCCUCCCGGUGGCAGCGAGGCCAGAUGCUGCUGCUGUGCUUGCAAGAGCGAGACCAGCGCGAGCAGCGCAGGGUCCCAAGGCGGGAACCCUCCCGCCAGCACCCCCAUCACGGUGACUGGACACGGCCUGGCCGUUCAGAGUUCCGAGCAGCUCCUGCACAUUAUCUACCAGCGGGUGGAGAAGGCUGUGGGCCUGGCCGAGGCCGCUCUGGGGCUCGCCAGGGCCAACAACGAAUUGCUGAAACGUCUCCAGGAGGAGGUGGGUGAACUGAGGCAAGGGAAAGCCUCUGCCCCCAACGAGGAUGCGGACAGCCGGGCGCACGACUCCCCGCCCGAGGAGCCGGGGCCUCUCAAGGAGAGCCCUGGGGAGACGUGCAAGGCAGCGGCCGCGGCGGAAGAGGAGUGUGACAGCGUGGGCAGCGGCAUGCAGGUGGUGAUCGAGGAGCUGUGGCAGGUGGGAGCCGCCUCGGCCGUGGGGCCCGGGCCCUUGGGCUUCCCGGCCGCGCAGAGAGACGCGCGGCUCCCGGGGUGCCCCCUGGCGGCCGGCGACGCGGCCCCGCUGCUCAAUCCCCUGGUGGAUGAUUAUGUGGCCUCUGAGGGUGCAGUACAGCGGGUGCUGGUUCCUGCUUAUGCCAAGCAGCUCUCACCAGCCACACAACUGGCUAUCCAGCGGGCAACCUCAGAGACAGGGCCAGAAAAUGGAAGCAAGCUGCCAACACCCCGCCCUGAGGACAUGCUCAGUGCUGCUGCUGCGCUGGAAGGUGCCUUGGAAGAGUCAGGCCCUGGGGGAACAGGGGAGCUGAGACACUCUCUAGGGUUUACUGCUUCCCCAUGCAGGACCAGAGGGAGUGGGCAGAAGAACUCCAGGCGCAAGCGGGAUCUGGUACUCUCUAAAUUGGUCCACAAUGUGCAUAACCACAUCACCAAUGACAAGAGAUUCAAUGGGUCUGAAAGCAUCAAGUCCUCUUGGAAUAUUUCAGUAGUGAAGUUCCUUCUGGAAAAGCUCAAGCAGGAGCUGGUGACCAGUCCCCACAAUUACACUGAUAAGGAGCUGAAAGGAGCCUGUGUAGCCUACUUCCUUACUAAGAGGCGUGAGUACCGCAACUCCCUGAACCCCUUUAAAGGCCUGAAGGAAAAAGAGGAGAAGAAGCUUCGAAGUCGCAGAUACCGGCUUUUUGCCAACCGAUCCAGCAUCAUGAGGCAUUUUGGACCUGAGGACCAACGCCUGUGGAAGGAUGUGACAGAGGAGCUGAUGUCAGAUGAAGAGGACAGUCUUAAUGAGCCAGGUGUCUGGGUGGCCCGGCCUCCCCGGUUCCGGGCCCAGCGCCUCACAGAGCUCUGCUACCACCUGGAUGCCAACUCUAAGCAUGGCACUAAAGCCAACCGUGUGUAUGGGCCUCCCUCAGACCGAUUACCUUCUGCUGAGGCCCAGCUCCUUCCACCAGAACUUUAUAAUCCUCAUUUCCAAGAAGAGGAAGACGAGGGAGGUGAUGAGAAUGGACCUGUCUCCCCAUCUUUCGACCAACCCCACAAAACCUGCUGUCCUGACUUGAACUCAUUCAUUGAAAUCAAGGUGGAAAAGGAUGAAUGAAAUCUGUAACCAAGAAUAACUCUGGAUUCUGCCAUUCCCCAUGUCCCAGGAAUGGGGCUUCCCAGAAUAACAAGAUGUCCUCUGCAGUCUCUCUCUUCUCACCACAGUCCCCAAUGGAAGUGAAGCUGGGAGCUGUGGUGGGAUAAAAAAAAAAAAAAAACUUACCUAGAAGAGGGACCUCCCUGCUCCCUGGGAACGGCAAGCCAGAAAAUGCUUAUUUCUAAGCACACACAGUGCCUCGGGGUGCCUGGGCUGAGAAGAGGAGGAGGAUGAGUCUAAGAAACAUGAGGCCUUCUUGACAUAUGCCCCAUCACGGAGUUUUUUUGGUUGUUGUUUUUGUUUUUGUUUUUUUCUGGUUUCACUGAAAUCUCGGGGAAGCUACCGUGGUUGCACAUUCUGCUUCCCCCUGACUGCUUGUCUGGCUCUGCGGUGGCUGCAGCCUGGGACCAGGCCGGGGUCCUACUGCCCCCUGGUGGGCAGUUCUGUCAUGGGCUGGAGUCUUCUGAGCACUGCUCCAUAUUUGGGAACUGGGAGACUAAUAUAAUAGCUGUUGUUUAUUGAAUUAUGUAAGGCAGAUUUUAUUAUUCCCAUCUUCCACAUGAAGAAAUUAAAGCCUAAAGAGUU